UAACCUAUUAAAAUAGUUUGAACAUUUAUUAUUUUAUUAUUCUGCAGUUCGUCGAUUUUUAUAAAGUGUUCUUAUAUGAUAGCCACAACUCAAUAAUUCAAAAUGCAUUUAUCAGAAGACAACAAGAAAAUAAGUAUUCCAAAAAUUGAAUCAUUGGUAGUGCGGGAAAAUGAUUUUAUUAAAAACUUUUUCGCUUCAAUAUGCAUGCCUUCAAGAAAUGAGGAUGGUGAAGAAAAUUCUCCUAAUGUACAGAGAAAACAAGUAGAUAAUAUGAAUGACAAGACUAGAGCAAACACUUUAACAGAAUUGCAGGAACGUUUAAGUGCAAUGAAAGGUGUAAGUAAAUUGAGCUAUAAGGACAAAAUGUUGAAAAAAGGGAUGCAGAAUAAAAUGAAAAAGAAAAUUAGAAAUAAAGAAAGAAAAAUGAAGCAAACACUUGUUGAUACUAGCAAGGUGAAAACCGAAGAGGUAAAACAGGAAAUUAAUGAAAAAGUAGCUAAACCAGUGUUUAACAGUGAAGGUAAAAUGGUGUUUUCCAAAUUUGAUUUUUCUGAUAUAGGAAAGAAAGAAAAAAAGAAAGGACCCACUGAUCCUAAAAAAUUACUACAAAACUUGGAAAAACAAAAAGAAAAAAUUGAUAGUUUGAAAGAAAGUGGUGAUGUAGACAAAGCUAGUGAAUUAAAAGAAAAAUCGAUUUGGAAAAAUGCUUUGGCUAAAGCUAGUGGUGAAAAGGUUAAAGAUGAUCCCACAUUAUUGAAAAAAAGUAUCAAAAGAAGAGAACAGCAGCAUAAAUCCAGUAAGAAGAAAUGGGAGGCCAGGCAAGAAGCUGUCGAAAAAGGCCAGGAAGAUAGACAGAAAAAGAGACAAGAUAAUAUUGACAAAAGGAAAAAAACUAAAAAGAUCAAUAAAUUGAAAAAGGCUUCAAAGAAGGGUAAAGUCAUUCCUGGAUUUUAGUGAAGAAGUUCUGUACAUUAUAGGUCUUUCAUCUUUUCAUCAGUUUUGUUAAAACUUGUCUUGUUUGUUGCUUGAAAAAAAAUGUAUAUUGAUAAAUUAAAAUGUGAAAAUAGUUGAUGAA